GUAAUAAGGCUAGAAAUAAUAAAGUUCAGGUGGCAUUAACAUUAACCUCCACUGCAUUAUUAAGCGUCUACGCCAAGGAAAGCUUGAAGCUGAAGGCAGAUCAGACUGGUCGCCGCCGGACCGAUGGGCCUCCUUCCAUGGCAAUUAUCCGUUUGAGAGAGAGAGAGAGAGAGAGAGAGAGAGAGAGUGAGAGAGAGAGAUCAUCAUGUCGUUCUCUUUUUUCAAGCCAUCGAGGCCAAGAACCCCGCAGGAGCUCGCGAAGGCGAUCAAGGACAGCCUGAUGGCUCUCGACACCAAAACCGUUGCAGAAGUUAAAGCCCUUGAAAAGGCUCUGGAAGAAGUUGAAAAGAACUUUGUGACAAUGAGAUGUAUGCUUUCCGGAGAUGGAGAGGUUGAACCAAACAUGGACCAGGUCACACAGCUAGCACUUGAGAUAUGUAGAGAGAAUGUUCUCACUCUUCUCAUUCACAAGUUACCUAUAUUGGGUUGGGAGGCAAGAAAAGAUUUAGUUCACUGCUGGUCCAUAUUGUUGAAGCAAAUGGUGGGCUCAUCAUAUUGCUGCGUGCAGUACAUUGAGAACCAUUUUGAGUUACUGGACUUCCUUGUUGUGUGCUAUGAUAACAAGGACAUUGCAUUGAAUUGUGGAAAUAUGUUGAGAGAAUGCAUCAAAUUUCCAACACUUGCCAAAUAUAUAUUGGAGUCUGCAAGCUUUGAGUUGUUCUUCAAAUUUGUGGAGCUGCCUAACUUUGAUGUCGCUUCUGACGCAUUCACUACCUUUAAGGAUCUGUUUACUAGACAUGGAACUGUAGUCUCUGAAUUUCUGACUGCUCAUUAUGAGGAGUUCUUUCAUAUUUAUGAAAGACUCUUAACCUCAUCUAAUUACGUGACUAGAAGACAAUCCUUGAAGCUUCUCUCGGAAUUUCUUUUGGAGCCUCCAAAUUCUCAUAUAAUGAAGCGCUACAUUUUAGAAGUUCGGUACUUGAAAGUAAUGAUGACGUUGUUAAAGGACUCGAGCAAAAACAUCCAGAUAUCUGCUUUUCAUAUUUUCAAGGUUUUUGUUGCAAAUCCAAACAAGCCACCAGAAAUAAAAGUAAUCUUGGCAAAGAAUCAUGAAAGAUUGCUCACACUGCUUCACAAUCUAUCAGGCGGCAAAGGUGCCGAUGAUGAUCAAUUUGAAGAGGAAAAGGAGCUGAUCAUCAAGGAAAUUGAAAGAGUAUCUCGCAUACCCAAUCCUCAUUUUUAGAUUUCUCUCUCUAUUGUUGCUUUUCCUCUUGCACUGCGAUUGUUUUUCUGAGGUUCAAUAUCCAAUCCAUAUAAUGUCUGCUGCAAAUGCCAUCUCUGUCUCCAUUGUUGCUUUUCCCCCUGCACAGAGAUUGUAUUUCUGAGAUUCACUAUCCAAUCCAUAUUACGUUUGCUGCAAA